GCUCCCGCAGCACCCCGGGGCCCCGCUCACCCGGCAAUGGCAGCCCAGUGAGCCGCCACUGUCUCGCAGCCAGCCGCCAUGGUCCGGAGCCCCAGGCCCAGCUCGGCGGUCAGCUGUCUGAUCCUGCUGCUGUUCGAGAGUGUAGCAGCCAAAAAGUACUGCUGGUAUGUGGAUGCAGGAUAUCCCACUUACUUUAUAUGUCGUGCAUAUGAGGACUGUUGUGGUACAAGAUGUUGUAUGCGAGCAUUCUCUAUUCAACGAUUAUGGUAUUUUUGGUUUCUCUUGAUGAUGGGGGUGCUGUUUUGUUGUGGCGCUGGUUUCUUUAUCCGGAGGCGAUUGCAUCCUCCUCAACUGACUGAUGACCCUCCAUUUACAGUGGGUUUCACCAGGCAACCUGUCAACACAACUGGAUGUCAGACCACAGGAAACAGUCAGACUGGAAUGCAAUAUUAUACAGAACCUGGAGCACCUGUUUUUAAUCCCAUUGCCUCAACUUUUCAAAUUCAGCCAAAUUUCCCUCUGCUCAACCCAGCCUACCCACCCCCACCAGCCUACUGCAAUCAGCCGCCCCCUCCAUACGAGCAAGUUGUAAAAACCUCAAAUAAGGAAGGCGAAAGAUAAAUGUCAGAUUUCAGUGGAUAUCACUCUCAUAGACUGGCAACUUGUCUUCUACAGGAGAUUUAUGGAAGAGGUGCAAAUCUCUGGGGAUAUACAUUUGACCACAGUGCACCCCAGGAGUUGCAUUUAGCUCUGAUGCUUUUGGUAGAUUAACGUACUGUAGACCCUCCAGCAUAUGUGAUCAAAGCUUUGUAAGAAAUAACAUGUUCUACUUCAAAACUGAGGAUCUAAGAUAGGGAAUUGUAUAAUCUUUAGUAAACAUAAAAUGCACCUAAAACUCUGUAGAAACUUUGUAAAAAGCUAUUUCCUUGAAGAUGGUCUAUAAGUAAAUUCUGUCUUCACUUUAAAUCAGUAUUGUGGCUAUCUUUUGGUCAGAUUAAAAUAGAAAAAAUGUUUUCUCAGUUUAACUGGACUUAUUUAUUGGUGGUUAAUCCAUUAAUGUACAAUUGUCAGAAGAUACUGGUAAUGUGGAUCUCUGUUAAUAAGCAUACUCCAUCAUUAGCCGAUCUCAAAGACAUUUAAAAGAUUUAUGAUAAAUGGAGGAAACUGAUAAGGGAACAAUGUGCUGCAAAGAAAUAAGUCAAGAAUUUAUUUUAAUCUAUAAACUUUUUAAAAAGUAAUUCACUUAAAUCUGUCUUGUUCACAUACAUCAUAUUGUUAUACAAAAUUCAGGUUAACUACAGCUCGCUAGAGACGCUUUAUUCUAGAUGUAUGAGAUUAUCCCAUCCGUUUUAUUGUAGUGAAUGGAGAAUUGGUGAUUGGUGAGUAGAUUUCACUGAUUUGUUUCCAGUGUUCAGUGUGUUUUAAUUUCUAGUCAUCUUGGCAGAAGGAUUCACAGUGAGGUGAAAUCAGUCAUCUUGCUAAUAGAAAAUAAACCUUGGAAAUGAUUUCUCAACAGUAGCACCUUGCUACUCUGAAAGCUGCAUGACUCCAUUUUGGUUAUACUUUUUUUAAAUAAAAUUUUAAAAACUCCAGAAAAUUUGUAGUUACGAAAAUGUUCUAUUUUAAAAUAAUAAAAUGUCAUGUUUUAUUUAUAAAAUGUAUCAUAGUGGUAAUCCUGACUAAUUUUGAAAAUUAAUUCUGGAUACAAGAGUUUUAUGUACAGAAACAGAGGCAAGCAACUUGGAUUUUGUUUAAAGUUUUACAAAUUACAUCAAAUUUGAAUUUUUCCACAAUUAUUCAUUUAAUACAAUUCUUGAUGUUAAAAAAGUACUAAUUGCUGGAGCCAUACAGCUUGAGCUAUUCUGCAUCAAUCCUAUUUAGUCGCUACAGCCUCCUUUGUUAAAGCAACAAUCUGUAAAAUAAUUUUCUCAAGUUCUGAACUGCAUCUGUUCCAUGUCUGUUAUUGUCAAUUAAUGGAACAGAAAUAACCCUGCUUCAAUGCAAAGAAUCAAUGUUAAAUAAAUUAAUAUCUGCACUGUACUAAGAGCUGCUGCAAUAAUGUGUACCAGUAAGCAGGACUUUUCAAGAGCAGCAAUACUUCCAGGUUUUCAUAUUUUUCCUCUUUCUAAAUGGACCAGAAAUUCAUAUGGCAUAAAAUAAAUUGUUUUUAAUCACAUUCUUAAAUUAUUUAUUAGAGGCUGCAGAAUUGCUAAUAUUCCAAUCCUAUAUCUAAUAUGCUGAUCUACAAUAAAAUGAUAUGGCUUAAGGAACUAUACUUGUAUAUACAUAUUCACAUGCACAGUAACAAUGCAAUGCAUUUUGUACAAAAAUACAGUAAUGGCGAUGACAACCACUGUGUGCAGAUUUGGAAGCCUUAUAAUGGAAAACAUCUUGGUCCAUGGUAAAUGUACCAAUUUACUGGGCUGACAUCAGGAAAAAUUUGUAGGCCUGUAGGGAAAGAGCAAACAAGAUUAAUUGCAUCCCUCUUUCAAAGAGCUGCAGGAGCACAGUUGACUGAAUGGCUCCCUUCAGUGCUGUAACAUUGAGAGUUGGAACCCUAAGUUGUAUUCACCAGAAGGCUAAUGGUGAAUGCAAUAGAAAUGUUCAGUUUUCCAAAGGCUUGAGGGGUUAAGUGAGGAGUAAAAUUUGAUUUUGUGCUUCUGGUUGGGAGUUCAGUGCAUGUCUUAAAACUUUGGCAUGUCCUGUACGAUCUUUUCUGACCACUGAUAAUUGUAUGUGGAUGUGCCCUAGAAUUUAUGCUAUUUGUUACACAGUACCUGAGGUAAGCUCCAUGCUGGGAGCACAAAAUUAGAACAUUAUCCUUGUAGUGAAAGGUUAUUUCCAUUGGGGAGUAAAAUAGUACUAAUCCAAAGUAAUGUCCUUUAUUACUAAGCAUAACGGGAACAUUCUUUUCCCCAAUUUGUAACCAAUGAUGACAUUUCAAAAGUACUUAAUUGGUUGUAAAAAUCUUUGGGACAUAUUGAGGUGUGUAAGGCACUAUAUAAAUGCAAGUUCUUUUUUUCAGGCAAAAGUAUAUUAGGUUAUGGAAGUCAUUGAAGCUGAGUCACAUCACACCAUUUUAAGAGGGAAUUAGAUGAACACUUGAAAAAGAAAAAGAGGGUAUGGGAGGAAAAAGGGAAUUUAGGUUAGAGCCAAUAUGAAUGAUCUUUUGUGUUGCAAUUUUUGAUUUGCAAAAUCAGGAAAAUGUCAUGCGAGUAAAUAGCUCUGAUGUGGUGCUAGACUUGCACCAGUAUGAUAGCCUGAAUGAUCUUUUAUCCGUGCUGAUGGUCACCAUUUUAACUGCAUGACUGGAUGGUUUGGUUGCUGCACAUUAGUACUAACUUCCAGCUUGAUGCAUUGACCCACCCACCCACCCACCCAAACUUUUGCCCAGCACAGUACAGCAACCAAUAGCUCAUUAUUAUCUGCCAUUUUUCAUGAUCUGGAGAUAUGAACUUUGUAACUUCACGCUCCUAGCCCAAACUUGUAAUUUGAUCGAGGAAGUUGAUGGAAAAUCCUGCAGGCCUCUCAGUAGCAUUAGCUACUAUUAGUAGUCACUUUUGCAGUGUUCUUUCCCCCCCAAUACCUUAUCCAAGCAGCUCUUUCAUGUGAGGUUAGAUACAUCGAGUGUGAACAAGCAAUUUAAUUAUGGAGGGAAUUGUGGCUGCACCUAAUACUAAUCCUGCCUUUACCCAAAGUCCACACAUGCUCUUCCAGCAGGCAUUUAUUCUUUUGAGAAAUUACCACAUGGAAUAUAACUGGGGUUGUGGUGGGGGUUGGAGGUGGGGAGCAAUCUCACUUUCAAAGUUCUUACUUUCCUUUGUCUGUUCUAUCACUGAGUUGAAUGACAGCCAUAAAGAGAUUGUUGUUUUGCUUAUGCCUGAGUGAGUGGAAGUUUUUGUAAAGUUACUGGCUUCCACUUGUUUGCUGGCCAACUCCAUUAUUAUCUGUCUUUUCAUUUAAAUGGAUAGGAAAACAACAGACAGACCUUAGGUAUGAAACCAUUUUUCCCUUGGCUUAGAAAGCCCAAACUGGGCUCCAGAUUUAACUUUAACUUGUAUCUGAAAGCAUUUCAAAUUAUAAAUGGCUUUGAAAAGCAAAGUUGCAGUUUUUUUUACACUUCAAAUUAAUCGUAGACAUGCACAGCUUCUGCAGUUUGAAUUCCAGACCCCUCUCUUUGAGUUUAUUAAAUUGUGGGUGCAAACUUCGUACAUUUUGUAAGGUUGUGUUGAAAAUGAAUCUAAAUAAUCUGCUUCUAUUGCAAGUGAACAGAUGCUUUUUUGUCUUGAGUCUUUUCCCUAAUUCAGUGUAACUAUUUCAAAGUGAUUUACACCACUGAGCAGAGGUGCUUUAGUAAAAUAUCUAAUCUAUAACAGCUUGCUUCCUAUUUCUUGCUUCAAAAAACAUUCUACUUCUUCAAAAACAGUGCUUUCAAAUGGAAUAAAAUUAAUUAAAAAAUAGUAAAAUAUAUUGGAUUAUGCUAAAGUGAAUGUGUAUAGUUUAUUGUUCAAUUUCACAUUGCUCGCAUGGGCCAGCAAAAAUUGCACUGUUCUGUAUAACAUUUUUCUAUCCUUGAUUUGUUUAUUCUGUAAAAUAAAAAUUCAUAAUGGUUACAGUCCAAGUUAUUGCUGCUAAUAUGUAAAGCUCAGGUGCCCAUCAACUCUUUGAAAUUGCUAACCUCACGUAAAAACUAAGAUGUAAUAUAUUUGAAGACGUAAGUUUAAUAACACUACCUUUAGGGGUAGACAUUACUAUUUCCAUAUUACUAUAGGCUUGAAUUCCAGUCCUCAGUAUUUUUAGAAUGGGAAGCCUGUAGUUUAAAUAUCUGUUAGAAGUGUCAACAUUGGACUUAAAUGGAGAUUUCAGGAUCAGAGGGUUUGAAGGGUGGAGAGUUGAAAGAAUAACUGGGAUAUUAGUUUCCUCCAAGCCAAUUUUGAGUGGAGGGUGAUGAGUGCAGACAUCAAAAUAUGAAUCAAAUUGCUCAAGCUUUCUUCAUGUGUAAAUUUUAAAAUUUGCAUAAUAUACCAAUUUCCAGUUAAAUAGAGGAAUUCAACAAGGAAAUUAGGAAAAACUCCUCUUCAGUAACCAUUAUUGUUGUCAGUGCCCUGUUCAUGUUUCUGCAGGUCAUGCCUGCGAGUGUGUAGAUCAUUGAUCUAAUUAUGAACCCAUUAGUAAAAUUUAGCGUUGAUGCAAAUAGAAAUAUAAUAUUAAUUAGAACUUGAAUUUAAAAAUUCAGCAAAGCUAUUUUUGUUGUGCAGUGUGACUUUUCAACAACUUGGCAUUUAUAUCACACUUUUAGUCUAGAAAAAGCACCCUAAGGCACCUCACACAAGCAUAAGGGAAAAAAUGGAUGCUGAGCCAAAUGGAGAUUUUAGGAAGGACGAUGACGAGUUGGUCAAAAGUAGGUUUUAAAGAAUGUCUUGAAGGAAGUGGAGAGAUUUGAGAAAUCUUUUUAGACCAUGCCUCUUACUCAGAUGUUUGAAGACAUGGCUGCCAUUGGUGGAGUGAAGAGAGGGGCAGAUGCACAAAAGGCCAGAGUCAGAGGAACAGUGUUUGGGGUUGGUGGGAUGUUGGUGAGCUGAAUGAUUUCACGGAGGUAGGGAAGGACAAGGCCAUAAAAGGAUUUAAACAUAAGCUUCAACUUUAAAAUCCUCAGCUUUAUCUUUUGGAAUUGGUACAUUUGUUGGUUAGUUUUAGUUACAGGAAACUGCUUCAGCAUUGUAUUAACAUUGUGGGCAAUGUAACCUGCGAAAUCUUAAUGCUAAUUUUACCUUAAUAAAAAAAUGUUUGUGUG